GAAGAAGACGACCAGCCUGAGCUCGACGUCCCAGAAUAGGAAUCCUUCAUCGACUCCUCUAUCCUCCUCACGCACACUCGCCCAUCAAAUGGCCGCCCGCCCUCGUCCUCCUCGCGAUACUGCGCCAUGGCCGCCCGAAAUCUCAUCGCCUUGGGUGCCAUCAUCCUCUGGUGGUGCGCCCCUGCCGCGGUCUGCGGUGAGGAUGGGAUCGUCGAUGGGGACGUGACCAUCAUCCUCCCCUGCCUGGAGAACCUGAUAGCAUGCCAGGAGAAUUUACAACAACCGGUCGCCUCCUCUGCGUGCUGUUCGCCCAUGGCGUACUUGUUCGAGCACAACUCCAUCUGUAUGUGUUCCCUCUUCUUCAACGAAGAACUCCUGCACAGCUUCAACGUCACGCAAGAGCAGAUAUUCGACCUCACCAUCAGAUGCGGCAUCAGCGUUGCCGCGAACUACUGCAGCAAGUACAUUGAUGAUGAUGAUGUUAAAACCGCAUUGUCGCCUCAAGCUCUAGCAACAUUAGCGGCUCCAUCCCCUACGAAUGAGUUAAGCAAAGCAGCUCCUCGAAAAGGACUGGAGAGUGUGAUGGCCAUGAUUCUGAUGAGCAAGAUGAUAUUAUUUACAUUCGAGUUCAAGAUUUGAGUUCUCUUGUUGCACAACUACUCAGUCUUGUGAGAGUUUGGAAGUACAGAUACAAUGUAAUGAUGUUUUUCCCUUUUUGUUUGCAUCUUCUUUCUUUCUCUCCUUUCUUAGAAUAAAAGGCUACAGUUCAUGUUUCAUUCCAAUGGUUGAAACUUUGAGUCCAAAGGCCACAAAGGGAAGAGAAGAAGAGAAACAUGGUGGUGUUUCUGGAAAAAGAUGGUUAGGAUUCUGUAUCAAGAAGUUCCAAACUCGUGCACUCUUCCAUCUCAAAUUGCUGCCAUGGCUGGUGCAGAUGGAGGAAGAAACU